GGAGGCUGGCUGGAGCAGGGCCCGGCCUUCCAGCCCAGGAAGAAGCGGAGGCAAGGCAAAGGAGCUCUUGGUCGUUGGCGGAGAUGCCGGGAGGAAGGCAGGGAGGACGGAAGAAAUGCAGUCCUGAAGAAAAUGCUUCCUUUUACAGCAAGCUAACAUAUUCCUGGUUCAGCAGACUUAUGACUUUAGGCUACAAGAAACCAUUGGAAAGGGAAGACCUAUUUGAACUAAAUGAAAGUGAUUCAGCCUACAAUGUAUGUCCAGUUUUUGAAAAGCAAUGGAGAAAGGAAAAUUUUAAGUCAACCAAGGUCAUAAAGACUCCUGCAUAUAAAGAUGUGACGAAGAAGCCAGUUUCCCCAAAGCCAUCUCUUCUUUCACCACUUUGGCAGACAUUUAAAUUGGUAUUGGUCAAGGUUGCAGUUCUAAAAGUCGCAGCUGACAUUUUAGCCUUUACAAGCCCACAGAUUAUGAAAGAAAUGAUUCUACAAUAUGAACAUCAUUCUGAUUCAUACUCAAACGACUAUGGAUAUGCCCUAGCUCUGUUCCUUGUGGUGAUUCUGCAGACACUUGUCCAUCAGGUUUACCACCGUCUUAACAUCCUUACUGCUGUAAAAAUUAAGACAGCUGUUGUUGGACUUGUAUACAAAAAGGCCUUAAAUUUAUCCAGUUCUUCCAGACAAAAAUAUACAACUGGUGAAAUAGUUAACCUGAUGUCUGCAGAUAUCCAGCAACUCAUGGAACUGACCCUCAACCUCAAUCUCUUAUGGUCAGCCCCUUUCCAGAUCCUGCUGGCCAUCAUCUUCCUUUGGCAAGAACUGGGACCUUCAGUAUUGGCUGGUGUUGGUGUGCUAUUUUUGGUCAUACCUAUCAAUGCUUUUUUUGCUGCCAAACUGAGGCAACUCAAGAAAAACCAAAUGAAGAAUAGUGACCAACAAAUUAAACUCCUAAAUGAAAUUUUGCAUGGAAUAAAGAUUCUCAAACUAUAUGCAUGGGAGCCAUCAUACCAGAGAAAGAUUGUGGAAAUUCGAGAAUGUGAAAUAGAUGUUUUGAAAUCAACCGGAUACCUGACAACUUUGUCCAUGCUGACAUUGACUUGUAUCCCCUUCCUGGUCUCUUUGGCUACAUUUGGAGUGUAUUUUCUGUUGGAUGAAGAAAAUAUUUUAACUGCAGCGAAGGUGUUUACUUCUCUCUCCCUAUUUAAUAUUUUGCGACUGCCUUUGUUCGAUUUGCCUACAGUAAUAUCUUCAGUAGCUCAGACAAAGGUUUCCCUGAGUCGUAUGGAAGAUUUUUUGUCUUCUGAAGACCUUGACCCUCAAAACAUUAACACAGACUGUGCUGGAGAUUAUGCAGUUAGAUUUGUUAAUGCCUCUUUCUGCUGGAAGAAGAUUGGAGCCUCGACUUUAAAUAAACUGAACCUAGAGAUUCCAGAAGGUUCUUUGGUUGUUGUUGUGGGCCAAGUUGGAGCAGGGAAAUCUUCUCUCCUUUCUGCUAUUCUGGGAGAAAUGGAAAAAACUGAAGGAACUGCUCAGAGAAAAGGCUCAGUGGCUUACGUUUCUCAGCAAGCCUGGAUACAGAAUGCUACUGUGCUAGAAAAUAUACUCUUUGGCUCAGAACUGAACCAGCUGAGUUAUGAAAGGGUUUUGGAGGCCUGUGCUUUGUUGCCAGACUUGGACCAGUUACCGACUGGGGAUCAAACAGAAAUUGGAGAAAGGGGUAUAAAUAUAAGUGGUGGCCAAAAGCAGAGAGUAAGCCUGGCGAGAGCUGUGUACAGCAAUGCUGACAUCUACUUACUGGAUGACCCUUUGUCUGCUGUAGAUGUCCAUGUUGGAAAACAUCUUUUUGAGAAAGUGAUUGGAUCCACAGGCUUACUGAAAAACAAGACUCGUGUUCUAGUGACUCACAACUUGACAUUGUUACCUCAGACAGACUUCAUAGUUGUGAUGGAAGAUGGGAGAAUUACUGAAAUGGGGAGUUAUAAAGAGCUGCUCUCUAAAGGAGCAAAUUUUGCCAAACUGGUUCUGACCUUUGGUGGAGGAAAGGAAGAUGAAGAGACAUCCUCACUGUCAAAAUCUUGUCCCAAAGAUAUUAAAAUAAAAGACUACACCUUACCAAAGAAAAUGCAAUAUCUGGAACAUAAAGAUAGGAGCAUGUUCUCAAUGAAAAAGGAAAAAGUUGCUGUUGGCGCUGUGAAAAUGUCAGUUAUUUUGAAAUACUUACAAGCUUUUGGCUGGUUGUGGAUGUGGCUAACCAUAGCAGCUUGCUUAGGUCAAAAUGCUGUAGCCAUAGGACAAAAUAUGUGGCUCAGCACAUGGACAAAAGAUGCAAAAGAAAUUAAAGAUUUUACGGAAUGGAAACACUUAAGAAACUACAAGCUCAGUAUCUAUGGGCUUUUGGGAUUCAUACAAGGUCUUACAGUUUGCUGUGGUUCAUAUGUCGUUACUAGAGGAUUGGUCUGUGCCUCUCGGGCACUGCAUCGCCAGAUGUUACAUAAUGUGCUGCGUCUUCCACUCCAGUAUUUUGAAACAAAUCCUGUAGGUCAAAUCAUCAACAGGUUCACCAAGGACAUGUUUAUAGUUGAUAUACGUUUCCAUUAUUAUCUACGGACUUGGCUGAACUGUACCCUGGAUGUUGUUGGAACGAUACUUGUAAUUGUGUUUGUAUCACCCCUUUUCAUACUGGUGGUGGUUCCAUUGGGCUACUUGUAUUUCACUAUCCAAAGAUACUAUAUAUCUAGCUCCCGUCAAAUCCGACGUCUGGCUGGAGCUUCACAGUCACCUAUAAUUUCACACUUUAGUGAAACACUUCUGGGUGUAUCUACUAUUAGAGCAUAUGGACACGAGGAAAGAUUUAUUGCUCAAAACAAAGAUGUGAUCAAUGAAAACCUGGUUUGCUUCUACAACAAUGUAAUCGCAAACAGAUGGCUAGCUGUCAGACUUGAAUUUCUGGGCAACUUGAUGGUAUUUUUUGCUGCACUGUUUGCAAUGUUUGCUGGCAACAAGAUAGAUUCUGCCACAAUGGGAUUAUCAAUUUCCUAUGCACUAAAUAUAACUCAGAGUUUGAAUUUUUGGGUUCGAAAAGCAUGUGAAAUUGAAGCCAAUGGAGUCUCUAUUGAGAGGGUUUGUGAAUAUGCUAAAAUAGACAAAGAGGCCCCCUGGAUACUAUCCAACAGACCACCUGUAGGAUGGCCCAAUGAAGGAGUGAUACAAUUUGUCAAUUACCAAGUUCGGUACAGAUCAGAUCUAGACUUAGCUCUACAGGACAUAUCUUUUCAAAGUCACAGUGAAGAGAAGAUUGGAAUCAUUGGAAGAACAGGAGCUGGAAAAUCAACACUCACCAACUGUUUGUUUAGAAUCCUGGAAAGAGCUGGAGGCAAAAUAAUAAUAGAUGGCAUUGACAUAGCAACAAUUGGUUUGCAUGAUCUACGUGGUAACCUCAACAUUAUUCCACAGGACCCAGUCUUGUUCUCAGGGACACUCCAGUCCAACUUGGAUCCACUUGGAAAAUAUUCUGAUCUUGAACUAUGGGAAGCACUAGAAUUAUGUGACUUGAAAAAUUUUGUACAGUCACUUCCAAAGAAGCUUCUUCAUGAAAUAUCAGAGGGUGGUGAAAACCUAAGUGUGGGACAAAGACAGCUUGUUUGCCUUGCUCGUGCUUUGUUGCGGAAGACAAAAGUAUUAAUCUUGGACGAAGCGACAGCAUCAGUUGACAUUGAAACAGAUAAUCUAGUGCAAGCUACAAUCCGGAAAGAAUUUCGCAACUGCACAGUGCUAACCAUUGCUCACAGACUACAUUCGAUAAUGGAUUCUGAUCGGGUGCUUGUUCUGGACUCUGGAAGGAUUGCUGAAUUUGAUACUCCAGCCAGAUUGUUACAACAGAAAGGCAUGUUUUAUGAAAUGGUGUCCAAAGCUGGAAUACUGCAAGAAGACAGCUAAUGUUUUUGGAACAUUGUGUGUACAUGUUUUCUCUGAAUUCUACUAGAGGAAUAGUGUCAGUAAUUAUUUCAUUUCAUAAUGAAGACAGUGAUUUUAAGCAAGGGGUAGGAGUAGGGCAAAGAACAGUAAACUGAACUGACUACAGUAAAGUUUUAAUACAAAGUAUAUGUGCCUUUAUAAAUUAUUGAUGUUAUUAGUGUUAGAAUGAAUACACCAGAUUUAUGAUAUCAGAAUGGUCAUGGUGUGUCAUGACUUUGCUUGGACUACAGUUCUGGAUUGCCUUCCAUAGAUUGAUUACUGUUCUCUAUAUAUUAAAUGCUGAAGGGCAUAUCAGUGAUAAAACAGGGAUCAAUAGAGUCCUGUUGGCGAUCUGUAAACAAAGUGUGGAUAGCCUCUUUGUGGAGAAGGGCCUUAUUUCGUUGGCAAAAAUUCAUUGGAGGCUCCACUCUCUGGGUCCAAACUGGAUGAGGCCAAUGCCCUGUCCAUUGCUCUAUGCACAUAGCAUUUACUCCCUGUUGAAAGUGCAAAUCAAGCAUUUUCUUAAAGAAUUCCUUGUCUCUGUAUUCAGGUAGUGGGGGAACUGUUCCCCACAUAUUUAGGAAGGGACAAGCUUGAAAGAAUGGAGCCAGCAGGAUCAGCACUUCCAAAGGGUACUGCCACUCCUGCCCUGGCAGAGAUAGGACCACCUUUGAAGGCAGUUCCUGUGACAGGGAUAAGCUCAAAAGACAAAUAUAGCACCAAGUCUCAUUUGUAAGGAUACUGUAUCACUUUAGCUAGUAUCCAGGCACAAUGCACAAGUUUACACAUCCAUUUCCCUGCUUGCUUGUCAGUCUCUCUCUGCACUAGAAAUUAGUAGAAAGAACAGCUCUGAAAGAGUUUGGUCUUAAGAUAUUUAAUCCAGUUCUUGCUGGCUGUGCCACUUGUCCUUUCUUCCCAGCUGUAUCAUGGCUCAGUAGUGGACUUCAGGAUCAUAGGUUACUUUAAGGGAUGUGGUGGCUCAGCAGUUAAGAUGCUGAUGACUGUAAGAUUGGCAAGUUGGCAGUUCAAGGCUCAAGUGCUGUGUAACAGAGUGAGCUCUCAUCACUAGUCCCAGCUUCUGCCAAGUUAGCAGUUGUAAAGUAUAUAAAAGUACAAGUAGAUAAAUAGGUAUCACCUUGGUGGUAAGGUAACAGCAUUUCCUGCGGUCAUGCUAGCCACAUGAUCAGUCUUUGACAGCUUAGUAAUGGAGAUGAGCACUGCCCCCUUCUCAGACAUGACAAGUGAAAACCUUUACUUUUAUGUUGCUUUUAAAUGUGCCCUUCACUACAUCAGAGACACAUGUCCAUCUAUAGCCAAGAUAAGAUUUUAUUUGGGAAGGCUAAUCUAUCUUGAAAUCUCAGCACUGUCAAAGUAACACAUUGGACAGCUUAUCUAAUCAUAGGAUGCUCCUGUCAUUAGGCAGUAGCACCUUUACAGUAAGUCACUUGGAAAGUUAGGAAGACAUUGUGGCACAGGCUUUCAUAUACUAAAAUCUACUGACAUUGAGAGAAUCUUGAUGUCUAAUCAAUUUACAGUUGCUGAUCAUUUACAGUCUCUCACAAUGAUUAUAGUAGUUCCAGUGAACUCUGAAGGUACCUAUUGAGAGACCAUAUCUCUGCAUACGAACCUGCUGGAACCCUAAGAUCUUCUGGAUCUUUCUCUCAGUCCCUCCACCAUCACAGGCUCCCCUGGUGAGGACAUGAGAGUGAGUCUUCUUGGUGGCUGCUUCUGCUCCCUGGAAUGCCCUUCCAUAAGAAGCAACGCUGCCCCCCUCCUUGCUUGCCUUUCAUCGGCAAGCAAAAACAGCUUUAUUCAGGCAGGCUUUCGAUGUAUAAUCAUGGGGUGGCUUGGGUGAUGGGUAGGUAUCAUGGUUUUAAUGUGUUUUUAAUGUCUGUAAUUUUAUUUUAUUAGAUGAUAAUUUUAAUUGUUUUAUUGUAACAUAUUUUUAGAAUGUUUAUUUGUGAGCUGCCAUGGGUCCCUUUAGGGAGAAAGGCAGGAUAGAAAUCAAAUCAAAUAAAUAAAAUUAGCUAAGGAUGAAGUAGCAGCUACAACAAUGUCUUUUGUUGUUCUUGUGCUAUAACAGAAGUGGGGAAAGUAUAGCCUAUGAGACACCCAUGACAAAUUGAUCAGUUCUCACCCCCAAGUUGCAUUGGUGACCCCACAAGUAAGCAAAAAUAACUCCGAAGUUCAUUGAAGUCCCUUUCAAAUAACCAGAAAUGUUGUUACAACACUUCUGAGUGGUGUUCUGAGGAUACAAAAAAUUCCAGGUAUUUUGGUGCACUGACAAGCUGUGCCCAGAAGUAGAUGGGUUGGGGGCAAGUUCAUGCAGCUGUUCACCUGUUUCAGUUGGUCAGAAUAGUAGUUUGUAAAGGGACACUGUAUGAGUAUGCAUAUGUAAGAGACUCCUAAGUUCAUUGUUGCAUGGUUUAAUCACUAUUAUUUGAAUAUCUGAAUUAACUUGGUAAUAUUGCAAGACGGGGAUAUAUAACUCAAAAUAAAAUGCUAGAAACUAGAAAAAGCCUUUUAUUUUAAUACAAAAAGCCCAGUUCAUAUAUGCAUUCUCCAAAGGCAGGAGGCCAUGUUUUUCAUCUAGAAAAGAUGUUUCACAGUCUUCAUCCAUUUUCUGUGUUGCAAUUCAGUAGCAACUGUAGCAGCAGCAAAAAAUAGUGAGUCAACAUAUUAAGAUUCAAAGGAAGGCAUGGAAGGAAGUGUAAGUCUUGUUUUCCAUAAACAGCAUAAUUUAACAGAAAUCCAUGAGAGCAAUUGAAUACUUAAGCAUGUUCUUUUUCUUUAAAUGGCAGUAGCCUGGAAAACAUAAUUUUACUAUAAUUCUUUCAUCUGAAAAAUAUAUGGUCAUACCAUGGUUUAAGGUCUUGCUAUUCCAAGUGGUGGCCAAAAUCUAUUUAACUCUGUAAAAAUAAUCUAACUCUGCAACUAAAUCUCAAAGCAACCAGUCCAAUUCUACAAAUUACUACAGAAACACAGGUAGCUCGGGUUUCAGGAUGCUGGGAAGAAUGCUCCCACUUCAUCUGCCAGCAUUAGGAGCACUUAGCAAUUGCAAUAACAAGUACAUUUCUGUACUGCUUAUCAGUGCACUUAAGCACUCCAUAAGCAGUUUAUAAUGUGUAAGCUAAUUGCCGCCAACAGGCUGGGUACUCAUUUUACCAACCUUGGAAGAAUGUAAACCUGAGUUGAGCUUGAGCCCUUUGAAUUCGCAACGUUGCGGUUUGUGACUGAGUGGCUGCAUUUAACCACUAGAGCUCCUCAAGAUGCCUUGGACUUCAGUUUCCAGAAGCCCAAUCAGCACAGACAAUGGCAAGGAAUGACAGGAGUUAUAGUCCAAACUGUUUGCAUGGCCAAAGGUACCAUUUAAUGGUAAGAGGGAAAAGCAAACAAAUCUAUCCUGCUUCCUAUACACAGAAGCCUACCUGAACUACCUGUGCAAAUAUGUAUUUGCAAAAUAGCUGUUAAAUAAAAUCCUUAGAAUUUGGCCCAACAGAGACGAUUUCCCUGUUGUUCUUCAGAAAUCCACAAGAAAUGGAUUUUUAUUCCUGCUAAAUGUGAGUUUAAAAUACAAAAGUUGUUCCCUGGGUGAUAAUCUUCUCCACUUUAACUAAGAAAAUAAAAUAAAAUUAGCCUGUUACCCAUAUUUGAUGCAUGUUUCAUGGUAUAACUCUUAACAUGUUUGGGCUACAUAAAAUAAUUACAUGGUAACGAAAGAUUCUAGCUUAUUAUAAAGUAGAUAAUAAUAAUAAUGAAUAAACAAUGUUUACGAUAAA